AAGCCAAGCGAACGGAUGGGCAAAAUGCUCUGGCAAUGGCAGCUGCCAGUGCUGAUGACAGCCAUUCGGCUGGUACUUUCGGAAUUGGCGACCACAGCAGAUGGGAGCAAUAGGGAAUCGGAGUCGGCACAGUUUUUUAUUCGAUUGUACAAGCGCAAUCUGCAGCAGAUGAUGGAUCUGAGAAAUGUUAGCGCGGAGCCGUGUGAGGAUUUCUAUGCGCAUGCGUGUGGCAACUUUGGACAGCUGGCCCGGGCUCCGGAUCCAGAUGAUGCAGUGCCUCCAUUUUUGUAUAACAUGCAGGAUCGCAUGGAAUUCUUUCAAUCGCAACAUCUCAACUUUCAAACGUUGCCGGGGAAAUUGUUGACACAACUUUACGUCGAGUGCAAGGCACGGGGGGAGCAGCAUGUGUUGAGCCGACAGGUAGGUGCCAAACAAUGGGAGCGCAUGCUGCAGCAGCUGCCGUUUUUGGCUGCCCAUGGAGAGACUCUUGCGAACUGGCCCUUUCUGCGUCAUCAAUGGCAACGCAGGCAGCUGGGUGAAGAGCUCAAUUGGAUACAUUUGGCAGCGCAGCUGGCGGCGCACGGUCUGCCCACCUUACUGCACAUAUACUUUGCCGAGCAGACCAUCUAUGUGGCGCCCAUGCAGGAGCAGCCCUGUCCCAGUCUGCGCGGUUUUCAAGACAGCAUGUCGACCGUGCUGACCGGACGUCAUUCGCAGGUGGCACACAUUGUGGCGCACGAGAUGCGCGUGCUGUGCCGUGGCAUGCGGGGCGAGCUGCCGCUGGUCAGCAGUUUGACCGAGCCAAACAGAGGUGCCCAGAGCACGACUGCAGCUGGACAGGAACAGCUGCAGCUGGAUGACAACACAAUGGACUACUUUCAGAGCUUCUUUGGACUGCUCAACUUCACGGAACAGCAGCUGUCAACGGCGCGCAAGCUGCCGCUGAAUGCGGAGCGCAUAACCCAUGCCUGGCAGGUGCUGCGCCACACGGAACCGCGCAUCGUCUACAACUAUGUGCUGUGGCAGGCGCAGCAGCAAUUGGCUUACAAGGAUUGCUUUCAGCUGGCAGCGGAGUUUGAGCGUCUGCUCCACGCUGAGUACUGGCAGUGGCAUGUGCUGACUCCGCAGCUAACUCGGGAUGUCGCCCUGGCCAUGUACCAGCUGCACACCACGCGCUUCCAGCAACGCCGGCGGGCCACUCUGAGCCGUCGCGACUGGUAUGGACAUCUGCUGCCGGCGGCCGUGGAGCGUCGCGAGCUGCAGGUAUCGCGCCUGCUGCAGCUCCACGCCCAGCGCUAUCUCAAUAUCAGCGACUUGACGCUGCACUACGGCCAGGUGCGAUUCAGGCCGGAUAGCUUCUAUGGCAAUCUUCUACAGUUGCGGCGCGCGCAACUGCGGCACGCCUUUGAGUCGCCCUAUGUGGAUGAGGACGAUGAGCAGCAGUCCGCCUAUUUCCUGCGCCAUUUUCUGCACUUUGUGCUGCUGUCGCUGCAUCGACCCAUGUACCAUUACUAUGCCACACAGGGCCUGGAGCUGUGGCGUCAGUCGCGCCUGCUGCAGGACACCGAUGGCUACUAUACCGCACUGGACUGCCUGGAGCGGCAAACGCAGCAGCUUUACGAUGCCCAACUGGCGGCCAUCUAUCGCCCACUUAGCUCCCAUGAAGUGGCCGACGUCUUUCAUUUCCAUCGAUCGUUCCAGGCCGCGCUCCGGGACUAUCGCUUCUGGUUGCAGGGCGAGCGCUUUGUCUUUGCCGAGCAAUUUGUCCUCCAAUACUUUGGAUUGGAUGAGCAUCGUGUGCUCUUCUAUGCGGUCGCUCAGCAGCUGUGCAAUCGCCAGGAUGAAAUCUUUGCGGCGCAACUGAAUCGCGGCUAUAUGAACCUGCCCGAGUUCCAGACCGCUUUCAAAUGUGAGCCGGAUUCGCUAAUGAAUCCCCCCGCUAAGUGUAUGCGAAACAGAUGCGAAUAAUGGAAAUUUAUUAGGAAUAAUAAUUGUGAAUAGUUUCUUAUUAUUUUAUUAUAUUAUUAUAUUUAAAUUAAUAUCCUCUAUAAGGGUAUAAAAUUGGGAAAGGAUCC